AGCAUAACGCGGACGCAGUCGGCAAGCGGGAAACGCUUGUUUUGUUGCAUCUCUUGCUUGCAUUUUGUUGCUUACAUCCAAAGAGUAAAGUUAUCCCGCUUUGUUUUUAAUUCCAUAAAAAUCUACACAAAUGGCACGCCGAGACUACGCUCAAGACAGAGAAUCGAUCAAAACCUUUUUGGCCGAAUUCUGCAAAUGUGACGACGAUGGCAAAAAGGAGUUUGUUUAUGGUUCGCAACUCGUCAAGCUGGCGCAUCGUGAACAAGUGCUCAUCACCAUCGAUCUAGAUGAUCUGGCUGAAUUCAAUGAGAGUCUCGCCGAGGCUGUGAUUGAGAAUUGUCGACGCUAUGCGGCCAUUUUCAGUGAUGUGAUUGCCGAGCUACUGCCCAGCUACAAACAACAAGAGGUGCACGCAAAGGAUGCGCUUGAUGUGUAUAUCGAGCAUCGCUUGAUGAUGGAUGCACGCACGCGCAAUCCCAUGGAGCAGCGCGAUGAACGCAACGCCUUCCCCACCGAGCUGAUGAAGCGAUUUGAGGUUGGUUUCAAGCCACAGUCUACAGAGAAGGCGCACUCCAUCCGCGAAGUGAAGGCACAGCAGAUUGGCAAACUGGUCACAGUGCGUGGCAUUGUCACCCGCUGCACCGAGGUGAAGCCAAUGAUGGUGGUGGCCACCUACACUUGCGAUCGCUGCGGCUCCGAGACCUAUCAGCCCGUCAAUUCGUUGUCGUUUAUUCCUGUGCAAGAUUGUCCUUCGGAUGAUUGCCGUGUGAACAAAGCAGGCGGACGUCUUUAUCUGCAGACGCGUGGCUCCAAGUUCGUCAAGUUCCAGGAAAUCAAAAUGCAGGAGCACAGCGAUCAAGUGCCCGUUGGCCACAUUCCACGCAGCAUGACGGUGCUCUGUCGUGGCGAGGUGACGCGCAUGGCACAGCCAGGUGAUCAUGUGCUUGUCUCGGGUGUUUUCCUGCCCAUGGUGCGCACGGGAUUCGCACAGAUGAUUCAGGGUCUGCUCUCGGAGACUUUCCUGCAAGCACACCGCAUCAUUUGCAUCAACAAAAACGACGACAUUUCGGACAAGGACGCAGAACUCACGCCCGCUGAAUUGGAGGAGUUGGCCCAGGAUGAUUUCUAUGAGCGUCUGGCUACCAGCUUGGCACCUGAAAUCUACGGUCAUUUGGAUGUAAAGAAGGCUUUGCUUUUGUUGCUUGUUGGCGGCGUCGAUAAGCGUCCUGAUGGCAUGAAGAUUCGUGGUAGCAUCAACAUAUGUCUGAUGGGCGAUCCUGGUGUGGCCAAAUCCCAGCUGCUCGGCUACAUUAGUCGUCUGGCCGUGCGUUCGCAGUACACCACAGGACGUGGUUCCUCAGGCGUGGGUCUAACAGCUGCUGUCAUGAAGGAUCCGCUAACAGGAGAAAUGACGCUCGAGGGUGGCGCUUUGGUGUUGGCUGAUCAGGGCGUCUGCUGCAUUGACGAGUUCGAUAAAAUGGCGGAUGCGGAUCGUACAGCUAUUCACGAGGUGAUGGAACAGCAGACCAUCUCCAUUGCCAAAGCAGGCAUCAUGACCACACUGAAUGCGCGUGUUUCCAUCUUGGCAGCAGCCAAUCCUGCCUUUGGUCGUUACAAUCCACGUCGCACGGUGGAGCAAAACAUUCAGUUGCCUGCCGCUUUGUUGUCGCGUUUCGAUUUGCUGUGGCUCAUUCAGGAUAAACCGGAUCGUGACAAUGAUUUGCGGCUGGCCAAGCACAUUACGUAUGUGCACAGCCACAGCAAGCAGCCGCCGUCGCGCAUCAAGUCGCUGGACAUGAAUCUGAUGCGACGCUACAUUAAUCUGUGCAAGCGCAAGAAUCCAACCAUUCCCGACGAGCUCACCGAGUACAUUGUGGGCGCCUAUGUGGAGCUGCGUCGCGAGGCGCGCAACCAGAAGGACAUGACCUUCACAUCGGCUCGUAAUCUGCUCGGCAUUCUGCGUCUCUCGACGGCUUUGGCACGUCUACGUCUCUCCGAUCGCGUGGAGAAGGAUGAUGUUUCAGAGGCGCUGCGUUUGCUGGAGAUGUCCAAGGAUUCGCUCAACCAGAUACACGAGCACCAAAAGGGACAUGUUCCCAACACUUCGGAUCGCAUCUUUGCCAUCGUACGCGAGUUGGCUGGAUCGGGCAAAGCGGUUAAGAUUGCCGACAUCAUGGAUCGCUGCACUACAAAGGGCUUCAAACCCGACCAGGUGGACAAAUGCAUCGAUGACUACGAAGAACUCAACGUGUGGCAGGUCAACAUGGGCCGCACCAAGAUUACAUUUAUGUAAACAGACGCUUCAAUCAAUUGCCAAUCAUUUUAUCUAUUUCUACUUGUAGCCUGUAAGCAUUCAUGUCUCUCAAAUGUUCCCAUUUACAUACAAUCAUUAUAUUACACAAGAAUUCUCAUCAACAAAUUUAUUUAAAAAUA